UUUUUCUGUCUCCAGCGCCAUCUAAUUGUUUUCCAUAAAUAUUAAUCACAAAUAAACUAUAAAAAUUUAGGGUUUUUAAAGAAAUCCUUAUGACGCCGUCAAAAGAAAAAGAUAUCGCCUGUAAACAAAUCUCUUAAGAGCUUGAAGAGAAACUGCUAGAGAGCAAUCUCAGAUACAAGUUUAAGAUCGAUCAUGGAUUUUAUGGAUUCAGAGACACAAAGACCUGAUGAUUUAUCACAGUUGGAAGCAGAUUACAGCAUCCCUCCUCCCCUUGCUCCAGAAUGUAAAAGCUUCAAAUGGAAGAUACAGAUCAUAGAUACUGAUGGAAACAUAGAAGGAAAAAUGUUGACAUCGAAAGAUGUAUGGAAGUUACAAGGUACUAAAGUGAUAGUGCAUUUCGACGAAGAUAGCGGUCAACCAAUUGGAGAUUCCGGAGGUUUACUUGGAUCAUGGUUAGGUCAAUUAAGUCAUGAUGCAAAUUUGAUACCCAUUAACUACAACGACUGGAGGUGUGUUAAUUCUUAUAUAAAAGAUACGGCAUGGAACACAAUUCAGUCCAAAUUCAGAUUUGAUGAUCCUGUGAUUAGAAAAGAAUAUGUGAUGGGUGCACUAGGUAGCAGAUGCAAGGAUGUCAAACGCCGGCUUUGGAAAGAACACAAAAAAGAUACUUUGAAUGAAACGUUGAUGAAUCGACCCGACAAAAUUCCUGAACUUCAGUGGGGUCAAUUUGUUCGGACGAGAUUUGAUGAGAAGUGGAAGAAAAUGCAAGAACGGAAUACAAAGAGCCAAAAACACAAUACCAUGCCUCACUUAUGUGGAAGGAAGAGCUUUCCAAGGAGAAGAAAUGAGAUUAAAAUCAAAACUGGAAAAACACCAAGUCGAGCAGAGUUUUUUAUCGAGUCUCGUACAAAACCUGAUGGAAGCUUUGUAUGUGAGGAGGCGAAGACACAUGCGGAAGCACUUACAACACUGUUGAUUCAAAAUCCGCAAGUCACUACUAAUGUUACAGCUAGUCUAGAUGAUGAAUAUGCUCAAGUGUUUGGUCCAGAGCGUCCAGGACGAGUACGUUGUGUUGGUCGUGGACCCACACCUUCAAAAUUAGGAAAACGCUCAAAUGUGGCUAGAGCAGAUGUAGAAAAUUCUGAAAUGGUUGUUCAGCUGAAGGGAAAAGUGGAAGAGUUAGGAACUCAGGUAAAGGCAAUGAGUACGUUCAUCCAACAAAUACUUGGUACUUCAACCGGUGAACAGGCAACUGUAUGGGCCACAGCUUUUGCUAACAUACCUAAUCCAGCAUUGCUAAACAUAUCAAAUGUACCUAAUCCCCAGGAAGAUGAUGAUGGUCUUGAUAGACGAUAGUGAUCAUAGUCAACACAGAAGUUUAUCCAAAUUUCUUAGCAACUUUGGUUUAUUUUGUUUUUUAUGCAUUUGGAAAACU